UUAUGCGGAAGUUAGCAACACGGAAUUAAUUCGCGACGGACAACAACAAUCAUAUCGCAACUGUACGAAUCAACUUGCAUAUUUAGCAAGUUAAGUUAGACAUCCGGGAGCAACACACACAAGAGCAUACACAUCUGUGUAGGAUUAGUCUAGACGGAUAAAUGUCUGAUGUACCAGAAGCUUCUAACAGAGAAGAGGUCGAGGAGAACACCCCUAAACCAGAGGAGCAGUCAGACGAUAGCAGUGACGACGGCGAGGCAUCAGGGGACACAGAGAUGGAUUUCCUGCGCAAUCUCUUCUCUAAAACAUUGGGCAUAUCUGGAGAGAAGGUUUUGGAUGAGCUGACUCUUGAGGGGGUGGCCAGUUACAUACAGAGUGGCAAAUGCAAAAACAUAAUCUGUAUGGUGGGUGCAGGGAUCUCUACAUCGGCUGGGAUCCCUGACUUCCGCUCCCCAGACACGGGGCUCUAUGCUAACCUGCAGAAGUACAACUUGCCAUACCCUGAGGCUAUCUUCCAGAUAGACUACUUUAAGAAACACCCUGAGCCCUUCUUUGCCCUGGCCAGGGAGCUGUACCCAGGACAAUUCAAGCCCACAGUAUGUCACUACUUCAUCAAGUUGCUGAAGGACAAAGGGCUACUCAAACGCUGCUACUCACAGAAUAUUGACACCCUGGAACGUGUAGCAGGACUGGAGGGAGAGGAUCUGAUUGAAGCCCACGGCACCUUCUACACCUCACACUGUGUCAGCUUUAUGUGCCGCAAAGAGUACGACUUGGACUGGAUGAAAGAGAAAAUCUUCUCGGAUGACAUCCCCAAAUGUGACAAGUGCAGCAAUCUGGUUAAACCAGACAUUGUUUUCUUUGGUGAGAAUCUACCGAAGAGGUUCUUCACCUCAAUGGCCAUGGACUUUCCUCGCUGUGAUCUGCUGAUUAUAAUGGGGACCUCCCUGCAGGUUCAGCCCUUUGCAGCUCUGGUUGGCAGGGUUUCAAACAGCUGCCCCAGACUGCUCAUUAACCUGGAGAAAGCAGGCGGUGCAGAUCCUCUAUUAGGGAUUAUAAGCAUUGGCGGAGGGAUGGACUUUGACUCAGCGAAAGCAUACAGGGAUGUGGCUCAUAUUAGUACAUGUGAUGAUGGAUGCUUGGCACUUGCUGAGCUACUGGGAUGGAAGGCGGAGCUGGAAGAAAUGGUGAAACGGGAGCAUGAGAAGAUUAACAGCAAAGCCGAAGAGGAACAGACAAAUCAGAGCUCUGGAGCCGCAGUGAAGGCGGAGUCAGUGAAGGCGGAGUCAGUGAAGGCGGAGUCAGGGAAGGCAGAGUCAGGGAAGGCGGAGCUGUUGGUGUAGGACGGUUUCAAUUUCAGCACAAAUGAUGCAGCAGGAAGUUACCACAGUGGUGUGAGAUGAUGUCGCAGUACAUCUCUGGUGUUGACCAAAUGCAACUCAAUGCUUUCUAAAAGAUUGCUUGUGAUACAACAAGUAAAAACACAAAAUAAAGUGUCAGUCUCCCGCUGAA